UACGCCUCCCCUGCCUGGGCCGGCGGGGUAGCGGAGGCAGCGGGUGCAGCGGCGGGAGUGGCUCUGCGACCUGCCGUCCUCUGCCCUUGCUUGGCCCGGGUGGCCGAAACUAGGAGUGCGUUCAGAGGGGGAAAGCAGCUGUGAGAUCUACUGGAGGCUUGUGUACUUUGAUCAGAGCGAGGUGGGUGGAGCGGGCAGUCCGCGGGCCGCCAAGAUGCUGGUCUUUGCGGCUAGAACCAUGCCCAGGAGGCUGGUGGCUGCUCACUCACUAGGUCCCACCCGUCCGUCCAGCCCAUCCGUCCGUCCGUUGGCAUGCUAGCACAGGUUAGGCUCAGAGCCUGAACCUGAGGCAGACAGACAAACAGGUUGAGCUCAGAGCCUCACUCCGGCCAUGGUUGAGAGGCAGCAGCAGGGAGAGAAGAUCAAGCCCUUGGGCAUCCUCAAGCCAGUCUCCUUGAUGAAGGUGCCGGGCAGGUUUCAGGCACAUCAGAACUCUCUGCCUCGACUGCCAGUGCCACCCCUGCAGCAGACCCUGGAUCACUACCUUCAGGUCCUCCAGCCCAUUGUGAGCGAGGAUGAAUGGAAGAACACCAAGCAGCUGGUGGAUGAGUUCCGGGGCUCGGGCGGUGUAGGGGAGAGACUGCAGAAGAGCCUGGAACGGAGAGCCAGGAAGACCGACAAUUGGCUGUCGGAGUGGUGGCUAAAGACUGCUUACCUCCAGUACCGACAGCUUGUGGUCAUCCACUCCAGCCCAGGCCUCAUGCUACCCAAACAAGACUUUGUGGAUUCUCAGGGUCAGCUCCGGUUUGCAGCCAAACUCAUAGAAGGAGCUUUGGAUUUCAAGGCCAUGAUUGACAAUGAGACUCUGCCAGUAGAAUAUCUUGGAGGAAAGCUGCUGUGUAUGAACCAAUACUACCAGAUCCUCUCUUCCUGCUGAAUCCCAGACCCCAAGCAAGACUCGGUCAUUAACUACAGCAAGGCAGCCAAGCCCCCGAUGCAUAUCACCGUUGUGCACAAUUUCCAGUUUUUUGAGUUGGAUGUGUACCACAGUGAUGGGACACCCUUCACCGCAGACCAGAUCUUCAUACAGCUGGAGAAGAUCUGGAACUCAUCCCUGCAGACCAACAAGGAACCCAUUGGCAUUCUCACCACCAAUCACCGAAACACCUGGGCCAAGGCUUAUAAUAACCUCCUCAAAGACAAAACAAACAAGGCUUCAGUCCGCUCGAUACAGAAGAGCAUCUUCACUGUGUGCCUGGAUGCGCCCACACCACGGGUCUCGGAUGACAUCUACAAGAGCCGUGUGGCUGGCCAGAUGCUUCAUGGUAGAGGCAGCAAGCAAAACAGUGGAAACCGCUGGUUUGAUAAAACCCUGCAGUUCAUAGUGGCAGAAGAUGGAUCCUGCGGCCUGGUGUAUGAACACGCUGCUGCAGAGGGCCCCCCCACUGUGGCACUCCUGGACCACAUUGUAGAGUUCACGAAGAAACCAGAGCUUGUGAGGUCACCCAUGAUUCCCCUCCCCAUGCCCAAGAAGCUGCGCUUCAACAUCACCCCUGAAAUUAAGAAUGACAUUGAGAAGGCCAAGCAGAACCUCAACAUCAUGGUGCAGGACCUGGACCUUACGGUGCUAGUGUUCCAUUACUUUGGGAAGAAUUUCCCCAAGUCAGAGAAGAUGAGCCCAGACGGUUUCAUCCAGAUGGCCCUCCAGCUGGCCUAUUACAGAAUCUAUGGCCAAACCUGUUCCACCUAUGAGAGCGCCUCACUCCGAAUGUUCCAUUUGGGCCGCACUGACACCAUCUGUUCCAACUCUGUGGAUUCCUUGAACUUUGUCAAAGGCAUGGAUGACUCAAACACAACAGAGCAAAUGAAGGUGGAGCUGCUGAGGAAGGCAGUGAUGACACACAGGUCCUACACUGACAAGGCUAUCCGAUGGGAAGCCAUUGACCGACACUUGCUGGGCCUAAAGCUUCAGGCCAUUGAGGAUCUAGUGAGCAUCCCUGAAAUCUUCAUGGACACGUCUUAUGCCAUUGCAAUGCACUUUAACCUUUCUACUAGCCAGGUGCCUGCCAAGACCGACUGCGUCAUGUGCUUUGGGCCGGUGGUCCCCGAUGGUUAUGGUGUCUGCUACAACCCCAUGGCUGAGCACAUCAACUUUGUGGUCUCUGCCUACAACAGCUGUGCCGAGACCAAUGCUGCCUGUCUCGCUCACUACCUGGAGAAGGCCCUAUUGGACAUGCGUACCCUGCUGCAGGAACACCCACGAGCUAAGCUGUGAGCCCUCUCCGGCUCAAGAGGAGACUCUGGGGGAAAGACAGGAGUAGAUGGGCAGAGUUUGUCUUGCCAGAGGUCUCAGAACUGCUGGGGCCUCGGGAGUAAAAGGACUCCCGGCAAAGCAAAGCCAAGUCACCAGCCUGGCAUCAACAUCUUCACCAGCUGAUUCUGCCACUACCCAGGACAUCACACAUGAUCUCUUCUGCCUUUUGACUCCUCCUGAAACCUCAUUUCCAUUACCCUCCUGGGAUAUAGGCUUACUUCUCACCCCACCCAACUCUUCCUCCUAUCUCCAGACAGUGCUACAUGGGCCCAGCACAAGAGGGAUCCCUCUCCCCACAGCCCCAGCUCAGGGCCAGCACCCAACCUAGUCUGACCCUCGCCAUGCAGCUUCCUUAGCUGCUGCAGCUGUGGGGAAGAGGUGUGAGGUAUCUCAGCCACCCCAUUCUCCCUGGUAUACUGGGACCAGGGCUAGAUUUGAAUUUCAGAAGUCAAGUGCCUUCAGUAAUAUAAUUUUCCCUGUUGUUCCCACCAUAGGAGUUCCCCAUUCCCCCUGGUCCCUAGCCCAUGGUGGGAGAAGCCCCUGGUGUCAUCUACAAUAGGAAUCCUUGAGCUAUUAGGCCAGGUCUGGGCUGCAUCUGACAGUGCCUGUGAACCUCAACUCUAAAUCCUCUGUCUUGGGGAAGAGGGAGCCAA